AUGAUUUGGCAGCCUGUGGAUCUAUCGAGCGUUUGUCCCGUGCAAACGAACAUAACGGCUUGUUCCUCUUUCGGUUACGCUUUCCUGAACCUCUUAGUUCAUUUGUAUGGAGACUCUGUCGAUAGAGUUCGGGAAGAUGAGGAGCCUGAAUUGAGAAAUUUCGAAGAAUUCGAUUUUAUAGUGGUCGGUGCUGGAUCGGCCGGUUGCGUGGUCGCAAAACGAUUAAGUGAGAAUUUCAAAUGGAGGGUGCUUCUCUUAGAAGCGGGUGGCGAAGAACCAGACGUCACUUCCAUCCCCGGCCUAUCUACGAGCCUGCUCGGCUCCAGCAUUGACUGGCAGUUUACAACUGAGCCCAAUGGGAAGAGUUGUUUUGCUACGAAGGGAAGAUGCACGUGGCCAAGAGGAAAGGUAAUGGGAGGCUCGAGCGCCAUAAAUUCAAUGUCAUAUAUAAGAGGAAAUAAAGACGACUACGACGGCUGGGCGGCCCUCGGCAAUAAGGGAUGGAGCUAUGAAGAGGUGUUACCUUUCUUCAAGAAAUCAGAGCAAAACCUGAAUCCUCUCGCCGUAGAUCCAGGAUACCAUGGCUUCACUGGAGAGCAAUCGGUGGCUAGGUACCCCUAUAUCGACGUACCGUCGAGAAUAUUAACGGCGGCCUUCAUCGAAAGAGGUCUGCCUCUGACCGACUACAACGCGGGUUCCAUAAAUUCUCCACAAGUACUGAUGUGGUCCGGAAUCGGGCCUAGAGAGCAUUUGGUGGACGUCGGUAUUCCUGUCCUGCAGGAUCUACCCGUUGGCAACAAUCUUCACGACCACGUGACUUUCAAUGGGCUCAUUAUCGGUUACACGAAUUCAUCAUCCACUGUGACCAAUAACGAAGACAUCUUGAGAUAUACUAAGGACUUCUUUGUAACGGAUCAUAGAAAGAAUCCGUUGGCUGGCAACGGGCCCGUCAACUCUAUAGCGUUUUUGAAAUCCGAAGCCGGCCUCGAAGCGCCAGAUGUCGAGUAUCAAGUCGACGCUAUACCGUCGUGUAAAGAGUUCUUUUCAGACCCGAUCACGUAUAUUCAGGUUUCAACACUACCGACUGCAUUCUACGAUUGUGUUUCUCUACGUACGGAGAAUUUGAAGCCGAAGAGUCGAGGACACAUUCGUUUGAAUCCUGAAAACGUCUACGGUGAUCCACUGAUAAACCCAAACUAUUUUGGCGACGAAAGUGAUUUCUUGCCUCUCUUGCGUGGUAUCGAAUUCGCACUGACUCUGGAUAGCACGAAAGCGUUUAAGAAACUUGGAGCUUUCUUUAUUAAGGAGCCGAUACCCCCUUGCGAUGACUUAGUCUGGGGGACAACAGAUUAUUUUAUUUGUUUGAUGCAAACUUUCACUUCUAGCACUUAUCAUCCGGUAGGCACUUGUAAAAUGGGGCCGAGGAGCGACAGAACUGCUGUCGUAGACCCAGAGUUAAAGGUGUAUGGAGUGGAUAGGUUGCGAGUGAUAGAUGCUUCUAUUAUGCCAGUGGCGCCCUCUGGGAACACAAACGCCCCUUCCAUUAUGAUCGGUGAACGAGCUGUUGAUUUUAUCAUCCGUGAGUGGACCGACAGCGAAAGAUAUUAA